CAGGCUCGUCUGGCUCUCUCCCUGCGUUCGGGGCAAGCAGCCAACAAGAGGGUUCGUCCUUGCGCCAAAUCAGCGAAAGCCCGUCCGUGGAUUCAGCUCGAAGCCACAUUCCUCCACCUCCUCUGCAGCUGCAGCCAAUCUCGCUUGCUCGCCGCAACCAAAUCAAUUCCAAUCCUUUCAUCGAGGUGUCGGUGGGCGCGACAGCCGCAUUUAAUCUCGCCACCGCCACUUCUCAACUUAGCUCGAGCCAAGCGAGCGCCUUGUUGAGCUCGUACGCUUCCCCGUCAGCGUCCGCCUCUUUUGGCGGAUCGGCGGCGUCCAGUACUGGUUUUAGCUUUGCGCCCCUUGCGACCAACGGCUCGUCCAAUUCCACCCUGUCUGGCAACAACGCCGCAGGUUCGUCGGGCGGUUCCAACUCUGCGAUGGGCGCGGCCGGGCCAAAGACUCGCUGGUCCAACUCGUUUAUUUGGCGCCGUCCAAACCAGUUCACCCAGCCGCUGUGGUGCGAGGCGGCCGAUGCCGGUGCCAAGCUCGAGGCCGAUCUGCGCUUGUGCGACUCAGAGUCGUAUCUGGACACGUUGACGCUGGACCCCGAGUGCUUCUGGUCUUUGGAGAGCGCUCACCAGCUUUUGCGGACGCUUCGUGCCGUUUCGCGAGGCCAGUUUUUGCGCAAGCCAUGUCGCGUCAAGUGGAACACGACCACCCGUCAAUGGCAGUGGGAGGAGCCGGACUGGUUUCUCGACGCCAACUUUUCGCUGGCCAUGUUUGCUGCGUCCCGAAUCGAGCAAUCGCUGUGGACGGCCUACUUUCAGCAGCACAACAUUGAUCCGCGCGCUCCGAGCGAGAAGCGGCCGUAUCAACUUCCACGGAAAGACAAGCCGCGGGAUCCUCUGCGGCCCGAGCUCGUCGCGUUCUGGGCGCGGCUGCCCUACGCGGAGCAAAAGAAGAUUGUGGAGAACAAGCUUGGCAGCGAAAUUGCGCCACUGUUCCACACAGAGGCACCACGCCUGCAAAAUCCCAUUUCUGCCCUGAGCUCGCUGCUGGAGCUGUUUUUUGACAUUAAUGGCCGCGAGUGGGUAUCCCGCGGGUUUUUCGGCCACCACGCUCUCGAGCACAAUUUUGUCCAGCACGUCUUCCUGACGCCACUCUGGCGCGCCAACACCUUGGUGGAUCGGCUGCUUCGCAAAGUUAGCAUCCGCCUGGCAAAUGCCUAUGCGCUCGAAGUCGCAAACGAUCUGUUGAGCUCGUGCGUAUCGCCUGGCGCCACCGUCGCAGGAAACUCCAAUGCUGCUCUGACCAAUGGAAAGUCUAGUCGGGUCGCCCGCUCCUCCUCCAGCCCAGCCCACUCUCCACUCGCGCUAUCCGCGGUCGGAAAUGCCGGCAGCACUUCGCCCGGCAGUCAAACCAAGCAUGCUGCUGGAGGGUUGCAACCCUCCCUUUUGCCUGCACCAUCACUCUUGGCGCAAGGCCACAGCGCCCUUGCACCUGGAGCACUGGGGCGCCAAACCAAAGGCCACAAACGUCGUUCCAGUCAUGGCGCGACGCCUGUCGCCGCACUCGCAACACCUGGCAUGGCCACUUCUCUCGGACGCUCGCUCCCUUCGCUUCCAGGCUCGCUGGUGGGCGGCAACUCUGCUUCCGUGCCUGCCUCCCCGUCUCCGCUUGCCAGCAUGCGCAAUCCCACGCACAGCACGCCAACGCCCGGUCGUGCCGCUGCUGCCGGGGGCGCUUCCAAUGUCAUCGACGCUGAUGUGACGACCCACGCAGAUGGGCACACUCUCGACGCGAGCUUUGAUCUGGACGAUGAGGAUGAACCAGACGCCAACCAAUUUAUUGCAAGCAUCGCCGUUGAAGUUGACGUCGCGCCUUCGAAGGCAGCCAACAAGAAGAAGAAGAAGAAAAAGAAGAAGAAGAGCAAGGCCAGCAACGUCGUGUCUGGGCAACCCGAUCCCGAGGCACACUUGUCCGAGUUCUUCCCGCUCCUUGCUGGAAUGGACAACUCGAAUAGCACAGAGCCAGCUUCCGAGACUACGCGCGCACCUUCGCGCAGACUCGCGCAUGACAGCUAUGCUGACGACUUUGACAGCCCCGACAGCGAUGCCAGUGCCCACAUGCGAGUCCUGACAGAGUUUGGAGGUUUGCCAACGUCCGACCAGGUGGGGCUGCAGUCGCCUACCCAAACUCUCCCUUCGUCACCGUCCGCGUCGGCUUCUCUUCUGCCUCCGGUCGCGCUUUCGGGUGCCGUGCUUCUGAAGCUGGGUGAUUUUAAUGUGCAGCUCGACGCGCUCGCAGACUCUAGCUCGCAUACCGUCACGCCACCAGGCCACGCAAUCACGGCCAUAACUGCUGCCGAGGCCACGUUGCGCGAUCAACACCAACAGCACGUCCGCCAGCAACACCAGGCAGCACCGCAUCAACAUCCGCAGCAACAGCAACAGCAGCAACAGCAACAUCAUCACCAUCAUCACCAUCAUCAGCAGCAACAACAACAACAACGACAUGAGCAGUCUCAGCAGCAACAGCCUCAGCAGCAACAACAGCACCCACAAUCCCGCGGCUCUCGACGCUCAAACUCCCUCGAAUCCAAGUCAAAGCCCUUGUCCUCGUCGCGUAGUCUCGAUGACGGCCCUGGCAGCAACAUUAGCAUUUCUGGGCUGUCGGGAGCGCGUGCAGCGGCUCUGAGCGUUGAGGACCUGUCCUCAGCCGAAAACCAGAAGGUGGCUUCUGUGCCUGUUUCACCCGUCAGCACCGCUCACGCCCCCUCGGCAGCAAGUCAUUCCCACUCACCCCAUCAACCACAGCCCAUGCACCAGCAACAGCCCUCCUCGCGACCUGCUGCAUCUGUUACUACGCAAGCUGCGGCACCCGCUCAUGCCCCUCCACCCUCGUACGCAGCGUCGCUGUCGGUUGGCACGUCGACCAACUCGGCCAACCAACCAGCAAGCAAGCGGUCUGCAUCCCGAACUGCGUCUCAACCACCGAGCUCAAGCGCGACCAAUGCCGUCGCCUCCACAGCCCACAACGCAGGAACGGCAGCAAACCCUCCUCUCGCGGCUCGAGCGUCGCGCGUUGCCAUCGGCACAACAACCACCGUUGCCGCAGUGGCUCCUGUACCAGCAGCAGCACGUGUGUUGCACGCUCAGACGUCGUCUAACAACCCCCAGCUGUUUAAACUGGUGACGGUCGACGACCAGCAGCUCCAAGCACUGCAGCUCGAGUCGCCGGACUCCUGGUACCAGCUCUACAAGCCGCCAGGUGGAGCACCUUUGGAAAGCGUCGCACAUGCGCAAGACGUGCAUUCGACGCGGGCUGGAGGUGGCAUCCCUUCCGACGCUAGCAAAGCGAUCGGCCACCCGGUACGCCUGGACGAAUCUGCUGCUGCCGCUGCUGCCAUGCGGACUGUGGCAAUGGCCAAUCCACACGAUCCAUACGCUCACGUUGCAGCAGCUGGUCGUCCUAUUUCUUCUGCCUUGCCAACUCAAGAUCCCGCAGGCGCGGGGCCUUUCCCGACCGAACCUCUCGCACAAGCACAUGUGCCGGUGGUCGUCCUUCACGAGCCAGGACAACCGUUUGCACCUCACCUAGCUGCAAUGCUGCAAGGCGGUGGCUACCCGUUGUCAAUACAGCAGCUGCAGCAACAGCAGAUACUUCAGCAACAGCAGGCACACCAGCAACAACAGCUUCAACAACAGCAACUUCAGCAGCAGCAAAUGCAAAGCCAAGCUCAUCUCUUGCAAAUGCAAGAGCUGCAGCAACGCCACCGUGAUUCCGACAUCACUUUGAUCGCCCCUCCGCCACCCAUGUCCGCUUCCACGUCCGAAAUGAACGAGCAAGUAUCCUUGGCCUUCCCUCCCAUCCUCAGCUUCCUCAACAAGAACUUGAUUACUGAGCUGCACGACGACAUUUUGAGGUUUUACCAGUACGUCAGCAAAACCGCGCAAUCCAAUGCGCCGAACGUUCAAACUGCCAUUCACCACGUGCAAGGCGUCGUGCUGAGCAUCUGGCCAAACUCGUAUGUCGUGCUGUAUGGCUCGUACAGCUAUGGCCUCAGCCUUCCACACAGCGACAUUGAUCUGGUCGUUGUCCGACCCCCCAUGGCUCCCAAUUCUGGGGCGCCUGCCCAGAGUGCGGUUGCGGAAUUGGCAGCUCGGCUCACCGCUUUCCCGUGGUGUUCGGGUGUUCGCGCAAUCGAGACGUCUCGCAUUCCCGUGGUCAAGUUUGUUGCCACGAUUGGCGGCCUGCGCAUCCCAGUGGAUGUCAGCUUCCACGAUACUUCGCGUGGGCCCCUGUCGCACUCGGGCAUUCUAGCGCGCGACUUUGUGCGCUCGCAGAUUAGCGCGUACCCAAUGCUUGCUCCACUCGUGAUGGUCUUGAAGCAGUACUUGCACAGCAAGGGUCUGAACGAAGCCUACAGCGGCGGCCUGACCUCCUAUGGCAUUGUUCUCCUUGUCACGUUCUUGCUGCAGACCAACCCACCGAGCUCGCAGCUCGCCUUGUUGCUGCUUGCCUUCCUGGACCGCUUUGGCAAUCACUUUGACUCGACCCAGUUUUGCGUUUCGAUUCGUAACAAGAAGAUCAUCCAGUCAAACUUCCCUCCCAACGUGGCUGCCAUCGAAGAUCCGCACAACGCUGCCAACAAUGUUGGCGCGCCGUCGUUCAUGUUCUGGCGCGUUCAACUCGAGUUCCGCAACGCCCUGAGAUUCUUGCUGAGUUCGUCCCAGGAUGCCGCCGUUUCGCGACGCUCUCCGUAUGGACUACUCGAUGUGCUGUUCUCAAACGCGCCCACGCCCAAGGUCGACAGCCAGCCGAGCACAACGGAUCUGGAGUCUGCCUCCUUCUCGCAGCAGCAACAGCAGCAGCAUCCCGAGUUUACCCGUCGCACCCGCUCUCGCAGUAUCGAUUACACUGCCGCAGAAACGGAGGAUGGCGAGUGAUUUCCAUCCCCUGGUUCUGUGCAAGUUUUCUACAACAACAGUGGGUGAAGCGAAGCGUCUUUUACAUUGUUUGUCCAGUGUCUUUUGUGCGUCUAUUUUAUUUUCCUUCUUCCAUCAGGGCUUCUUUUGUAGCUUUUUUUUUUAAAAAAACAAAGCCUUUGUACAACCAAACAAGAUUCGUAACAUUCA